CACUUAUUCCAGGUCAUCUGAUACACACAAAUGCACAAGCUUCUGCAGACUCACUAGCUGACUUAAAUGUAUGACUCUUCAUAAUGCAGCAAUACUAGACAACUUUACGGACUAAAUUCCAGGAUGUAAACAAAACGAGAAGAUGGAACAAGUCGUAAAUGUGGCAGUUUGGUGCAGAAGAUUUGCCUCUCGUCCCUCUCACCAAAGCAUGGGAAGCAACACUUUCACUUUCAGACUUUCCUCACCAACCUUCCUGUGAGCCUUGAGAUGCGACAGCAACGCCGUGCCUUCACCUCCUUACCUCAGACAUGGAAGAAGACACCAGAAUCAUCUCCUGAUUUCUGCCUUUCCUACUCUGCUUUUAUAAUUAAGUCAUCUCCCUCAGCUCAUCCUCCUUCCUCCUUAAAUCCAUGUUGCUGCGCUCCAAAUCUUCCUCCUUCCCUCACACCCCUUUCCUUUUGUGGCUUGUUGAGGUUCCUCUUCAUCCUCCUGGCCUCCUUGUGCUUACUGCCCUGUCCAACCCAGGCAGCUUGGUUUCGGGUUGGAGUGGUGGGGCCCUGGGGAUGUGACCCUCUCUUUGCCAAGGCCCUUCCCAGUGUGGCAGCACAGCUCGCUGUCAAUCGCAUCAACAAGGAUGCCUCACUGUCCUAUGCUGUAACAUUUGAGUAUGCAGUGCUGCAGGAGCCAUGUGAGACAUCCAGGGCACUGGAGGCAUUUGUGGGUUUCCACACCAAAGCUUCAGGCUACAUUGGCCCAGCCAACCCAGGCUACUGUGAUGCUGCUUCAAUGCUGAGCAAAGGCUGGAAUAAAGCACUGUUUCCUUGGGGAUGUGUUGGCUAUGAGUUGGAUGAUGUUCGCAGCCAUCCGACUUUUGCUCGCUCGAUGGCAAGACCUACCUGGGUCCUACUUAGUGUCAUGAGCUACUUCAGGUGGGCUCACAUUGGCAUCAUCUCUUCCUCUGAGGACAUCUGGAUGGAAACAGCAACCAAGGUGGCUGACGCCUUGAGGAGCCACGGCAUGCCGGUCAGACUGGUCACUUUUAUGGAGAACACACCUCACGGCAUCAGACGAGCUCUCACCAAGGUCCGCAAGAUGAGUGAAAUACGAGUUGUGAUCCUCUGCAUGCACUCGGUUCUGAUUGGUGGCACAGCCCAGAGGCUUCUACUGGAGACGGCCUACGAUAUGCAGAUGAUUGAUGGCUCUCUAGUGUUUCUUCCUUAUGACACACUGCUCUACAGUCUGCCCUACCAUAAUGUGACCUACCCAGCUCUGAAGAGAAACAACAAACUGCUGCGGGCCUAUGAUGCCGUGCUGACCGUCACCAUCGACUCACCCCGGGUGUCGUUCUACGAGGCUUAUAGAGAGGCCAUGGAAAGAGGAGAGGUGGCGAGUACGUUGAAACCCCAGCAGGUAUCGCCUCUGUUUGGUACCAUCUACAACUCUGUCAUCUUCAUGGCUCAUGCAGUGCAUCGGGUUCGGGAGUCCAGGGAGUGGAUGUCUGGAGGAAAUUUGGCACGACAGAGCCAAAACUUGGCCUUCCAGGGCUUCAGUCACCCAAUUACAACUAAUGGGUCUGGAGCAGCUCUGCUGGAAUACCUCAUACUGGACACAGAUGGAAUAUCUUGGGAGCUGAAGCCAACACACAGGGUCGACAUGGAGAUCGGUAUGGUCCGCUUCCUGGGUAAAGACAUCCAUUUCCCUCGAGGUUAUGGACCCAAGAAAGACGCCUCAUGCUGGUUUACUCCAGGAGUCAUCUGCUCAGGAGGAGUGGAUUUGUUCUCAACCAUAAGUGUGCUCCUUGGGGUGAUUGCUGCCUUUAUUGUUGCUGUGCCACUAAUUUACUGCAUCAGGCGACGGAUAAAUCAGAUCCGGCUGGUCAGAGGUCCCAACAAGAUUUUACUUACACUGGCUGAUGUCACAUUCAUAAACCCAUCGCUUAGCAACAAGAAGCUGAGUCUGGAUGACAGUAGGACUAGCGGCAUGAAGAGCACGUCUGAACGCAGUCUUGCCUCAACAAUUUCCACCCAAUCGCCAGCCACCUACGAAAACUCCAACGUUGUAAUUUUUGAGGGGGACUGGGCGUGGCUGAAGAGACUUCCUUAUGGGACAUUUAGCAGCAUCAAUCCCAAAACAAGUGAUGUGUUUGAACUGAUGAAGGACAUGCGUCAUGAGAACGUCAACCCUUUCCUUGGCUUUUUUCAUGACUGUGGCGUAUUCGCCAUUGUGACUGAGUUCUGCUCCAGAGGCAGCCUCGAGGACCUGCUCCUAAACGAAGACGUCAAGCUCGACUGGAUGUUCAAGUCAUCUCUGUUGCUGGAUCUAAUUAAGGGUAUGAAGUAUCUCCAUCACCGUGGAGUGUCUCACACUCGUCUAAAGUCUCGCAACUGUGUGGUGGAUGGACGGUUUGUCCUGAAGGUUACAGAUUAUGGCUACAAUGAGGUCCUAGAGGCUCAGAGGUUCCCUUAUAUUGAGCCACAUGCAGAUGAGUUACUUUGGACUGCUCCAGAGAUCCUGAGGAGUGGCCAGGCAGGACUACACGGGACUCUACCCGGUGAUGUGUACAGCUUCGCCAUCAUCAUGCAGGAGGUGGUGGUGAGAGGGCCUCCAUUCUGCAUGCUGGACCUGUCUGAUAAAGAAAUAAUAGAGAAGCUGUGUAAGCCUCCUCCUCUGUGCCGUCCAGUGGUCAGUCCGGACUAUGCUCCAAUGGAAUGUAUCCAGCUGAUGAAACAGUGCUGGAAUGAACAGCCAGACAAGCGGCCGGUCUUUGAUGAAAUCUUUGACCAGUUCAAAAACAUCAACAAGGGGAAGAAAACCAACAUCAUUGACUCUAUGCUGAGGAUGCUGGAGCAGUACUCGUCUAACCUGGAGGAGCUAAUCAGAGAGCGGACAGAGGAGCUGGAGAUAGAAAAACAGAAGACAGAGAAGCUUUUGACUCAGAUGCUGCCUCCGUCUGUGGCAGAGGCUUUGAAGGUGGGCGGGACAGUUGAACCAGAAUAUUUUGACCAGGUGUCACUGUAUUUCAGUGACAUUGUUGGCUUCACCACCAUCUCAGCUAACAGCGAACCCAUUGAAGUGGUCGAUCUCCUCAACGACCUCUACACCCUCUUUGACGCCAUCAUAGGAAACCAUGAUGUCUACAAGGUGGAGACAAUAGGCGAUGCUUACAUGGUAGCGUCAGGUGUUCCAGUUCCUAACGGCAUCCGACAUGCCACAGAAAUAGCCAACAUGGCUCUUGACAUUCUGAGUGCUGUGGGGACCUUUAAAAUGAGACACAUGCCUGAUGUUCCAGUGAGGAUACGAAUAGGACUUCACACAGGUUCGUGCGUAGCAGGUGUUGUGGGUCUCACCAUGCCUCGCUACUGUCUGUUUGGAGACACAGUGACCACUGCCUCUCGUAUGGAGUCCAGCGGGAUGCCUUACAGGAUCCAUGUUCAUCAGAGUACAGUGAAGGUCCUUCAUGAACUAAAUCUUGGCUACAAGUUGGAGUUGAGAGGAAGGACAGAAGUCCGGGGGAAAGGAAUAGAGGAGACCUACUGGCUCGUAGGGAGAGAUGGGUUUACCAAACCCCUGCCUGUUCCUCCAGACCUCAAGUCUGGCACCAGCAUUUGCAUUCCGAGGAAGCAGUCGAAGGACAUGAAGCUAAUGUUUCACAAGGCAGUGAAAAAAAUCUCGCACGUCCGUGUCGUGACGCAGCUCUACAUGCAAGAAGACGACGACAACGUCAUGAUGACGCAUCACUGAAUGACCUGUAACUCAUGACUUUGCCUCAACUGGACACCGGACAGUAUCUCCAGCCUCCGCGCUAUUCCAGUGGGGAAGAGCAAUAGAGAAAAUGGAUACGAUUACCAUCUUGAACCUCCAGGGACAUAAAACAUGAAACUCUUUAUAUCCUCACUAAAAUUUGAUGGUGAUUUUCCACAGAGGGCAGUUGACAGGAGGAGGAUGUGGCUAGUGAAAGUAUCAUUUCAGAUUGUGUUUAAGUCUGUGUGCAUUAGCGGCUUGAGCCAGGAGAUGUAGUCCAAUAUGGAGCUAUGAAUAGAGGCCAGCAAGUCUAGACUCAGCAAAGCAGGGAUCUGCAGAAGCUGUCUGUCAGCAGCUGAGGGGCAGAGCUAAUCCAAACAUCCCAUUCCUUGGUUUCUGUCUGAAGGAGGAAGAGAUGAGGAGAACCCUGCAUUUGUAUUUGAAUAAAUACUUAUGUUUAGGUACUUGCAGUCCCUACUUGUAAUUAGAAAAGUGAAAGGAAGUGAGUCAUUGUCAGCAAUGGCAGAUUAUUUGAUUUUUUUCAAUUUUUUUCCAAAAAAUUUUUCCACCAAAAUCAUAUAAAGGUAGUUAAAGGUUAAAUCUUAAAAACACUUUUUUUGUUUUACUGCUAAUAUAAAACCCAAAGAUAUUAAAGUUACAAUAAAAAAACCUAGGAAACACUUGGAUUUGGAUUAUUUUAAAUUAUUAAUUUAAUCUUAUGUUACAAAGGAAACACUCCUAAAAUUAAAAGUCUGGAUAAGGAGCAAUGGUGAUUCUGUAGUGUGUUGGUGCCCCUCCAACCAAUGUGUACCACCAUUAGCUUAUAAAAAGAAUAACCUACAAAAGAGUUCAGAGGCAGCUUUUAUUACUUAACUACAAAAAGAUAUUGCCCAUGUUAGCUGAUUUUACCCUUCAAAUCACCAAUUACUGGUGUCUUAAAUAAUGUGAGGUAAAACUUUACUAAUGCUUAUUGCAGUACCAAUGCCCACCUCCAACAUCUGGUUUACCUUCGGUUACUAGAGCACACACAGAAAAGAUUAUUGGCCCUCAUAAACAGUAAUUUCUAAUAUGGACAAUAUGCUUGGUAGAAACUGAAUGUAAACCACUGAACCAACAUCAUUUGACCAGAUUAUUUUAAAUUGAAUGUUUUACAUUAUACAUUUCUAAUAAAAAAUUACAUAUACUCAAAUUGCUUAAAGUCAACAUUUUGGGCAUAAAUAUUGUUUUGAGUGUGGUGAUUGCAAUGAUGCUGCAUGUAGUUUUUAAAGGUAAAUGUCUACGUUAGUUAAGUCAAGCACUGCCUUAGUUGUUACGAUCAGUUUUAAUCUAUGCAGGGUUCACUAUGUUGGCAUGCACUACUUCUUCUUCUGAGAUUUUCCAUCUUGAAGCUGUUUCCCUUUGUUUACCAGAGUUUUCCUGAAAUAAAUGUUACAUAUGUUUGUUCAAGUUCAGUUUACAGUUUAAUUUGUGGUCAUAUCUAAAACCAGUGUUAACUGGACUUUUAUCUAUCACAUUUGUAUAACCCAGUGACUCCAAUAAAGUUUUUAUGGCUUCUAAAUAGGUACAUA